ACGUGUUCGAUGACUUCCAAGCCCACAACUCAAAAAAGUGUCAUGUAUCGGAUACCUUCAGAGCGAACUUUGGAAAGUCUCCAUGAGAUGAUCGGAUCUCGAAUGUCAAAAAUGUCACUAAAGAAUACUUUACGUGGAAUCUCGAAUCCAUACGAAAGGGAUGAAAAUGAGGGAAGUGAGGACAUGAUUUUCGAAUUAUUCAAAAUUCCAAACAAGAAUGAAGCUUCAAUUGGAAAGUUACUGACAGUUCUUCGUCAAUUGGGUCUUAGAGAUGAUGAUCCACGACUUGUACCAAUGAUGGAAAAAAUAAAAGAUUUCGAGAAAAUUGCAGAAGAAAAAUGCUCAGAGGCAACCGAACAAAAACAUUGGAAACUCACCAAAGAGCAAUUCAAAGAAUGCAUAGCUCCAAGUAUUGAUAUUGUAUCACGAGCUCUUCAAACUGAUAUGGUUAUUCCAAAUUGGGUCACUUUUGUUGAUCAAAUACGUACUUUAUUCAAUGAAUGUAAAGAGAUUCGAGAAGGGCAAGUUGCCACAUACAUUCCACAAUUGGCAAGACAAUCUCCUAAUCUUUGGGCUGUUUCAUUGUGCACUGUUGAUGGUCAAAGGGCAUCAUUUGGAGAUGUGAAGCAUCCUUUCUGUGUGCAAUCUGUAUCAAAAGCAUUUAAUUAUGCAAUUGUUGCAUCUGAUCUUGGUGCAGAUGUAGUUCAUUCUUAUGUUGGGCAGGAGCCAAGUGGAAGACUAUUCAAUGAAAUAUGUCUGGAUUCAACAAACAAACCACACAACCCUAUGGUAAAUUCUGGAGCAAUUGUGAUCACUUCAUUGAUAAAAAGCAAAACCAAUAUGGCGGAUCGGUUUGAUUUUGUGCUUAAUCAGUACAGAAAGAUUGCUGGAAAUGAAUUCAUUGGGUUCAACAAUGCCACAUUUUUGUCUGAAAGAGCAACUGCUGACAGAAAUUACGCGUUGUCAUAUUUCAUGAAAGAGAACAGAUGUUUUCCCAAAGAGACAGAAUCUCUAACAGAUGCACUCGAUUUCUACUUCCAAUUGUGUUCAGUUGAAGUGACUUGUGAAUCACUUGCAGUAAUGGCUUCAACUCUUGCAAAUGGUGGAGUGUGUCCAAUCACUAAUGAGACAUGCGUAGAUCCAAAUCCAUGUCGUGAUGUUUUAUCAUUAAUGUAUUCAUGUGGAAUGUACGAUGCAUCUGGACAAUUUUCAUUUAAUGUCGGGUUGCCAGCUAAAUCAGGAGUAUCUGGUGCAAUGAUAGUGGUGGUGCCUAAUGUAAUGGGUAUUUGUCUAUUUUCCCCACCACUGGAUUCACUUGGUAACAGUUGUAGAGGUGUUGCAUUCUGCAAGAAACUGGUUUCCACUUUCAACUUUCACAAUUAUGACUGUCUUGUUCAUAACUCCAAUAUUAAAAGUGAUCCAAGAAGAAGAGACAUUCGAGAGCGUGAUCGAUUAAUCCCUGUUUUCCACGUGGCAAGAGCUGGGGAUCUCCCAACAAUGAGAAGAUUGUAUAUGCAAGGAGAAGAUUUGAAUACCUCUGAUCACGAUGAUAGAACAGUCUUGCAUAUUGCAGCUACUGAAGGAUAUGAGACAAUGAUCAAAUUCCUGGUUAAUGUGGCAAAGGUUGAUGUGGAUAAGAAAGAUCGUUGGGGACGGACUCCGUUGGAUGAAGCUAAAUUCUUUAAACAUGACCAUGUUUCUAGAUUUUUAGAAAAAGCAAUGAAACGGCCAGAGCAACACAGAAAAGAUUCAGUUUCUUCAUUGGAUACAGACGAUGAGAUUGAUGAUGAUGGUUUUCCAGAGAAGCCUUCUUUUACAAUUGAUUAGUUAUUUUUGAAUAGUUCCAUAACUUUUGCAUAAAUCAAUGAAUAUGACGUUGUUAGUUUCUCUUCUCUCUUUUCCCCUCUAAAAACAUCAUAUGGUUGUGAACAUAUUGAGUGAUACGUUUGACCUCCAAAAAUCAAACAACGUAAAUUAAGAUCUUUCUAUCGUUUGAUUUGUUUUUUUCACAUAGUUCUAAACAAUUUCUACCCUAUAUAAUAAAAUAUUUCAAACAAUGA